AUGGCUGGAGAAAAAUUAUAAAGUUCAGGCAAACGCAAGUGUCAGCCUAAAUGUCCUGAACAUUAAUUCAAUCUCUAACCAAAAAGUACGAAAUGCUGGCUCAAACAUGUUACAAACAUAGAUUUUUGUCCUAUUUUUAAUGAUGCUGUAUGAGAAUCUAAAUAAAUUUGAUUAGUUAUCUUGUUAUGAAAAUAUUGUUCCAGUUUUCAAUUAAGAUGAAUAACAAUGUCUACCAGGAUUCAUUUUAGAAGUGGAUAGAGUAUAUUUUAAAUUAAUACAUUAAUUAGAAUGACUAUAUAAAGAGUAUGUAAAAAUAUAAAGAGGAUCAUUAAAAAAAAGUUUAGGAAUACACUACAAAAAAAACUAAAUUAGUAAUAACUAAUUAUAUUAAUAGUAAAUUCCUAAACCAGGUAGAAAACACAGAUAUUGUGGAGUCUGUCGUAAACCUUAUGUAGAUUAUUUGGAUGUAAAAUUAGGAAUCUAAUAAUUUAGCAUAUCAAAUCUGCAGAUCACAUAAAUAGUUUUAAUAGACAUGAAUUUGUUCAUGUGAUUUUAAAAAUAGUAAAUGAAGAUUAUAAAAGCAAGGAUGAUAAUAAAUUUUAAAAUGACCUCUGUUUUGAUGUUGCCACAUCAACAAUUCCAAAGAAAAGAGGUCCAAAACCAAAAAAUCCAGUUUAAUAAGUAGAACCUAAAAAAAGAGGAAGAAAGCCUGCUGAACCUUCUUUAACAAAACGAAUAAAAACAUAACCCGUUUAAGAAUAAUACAAUACUUAUAGACCUUAAUAAGCUCCAUUUUUUUAACAACAUCUAAUAUUUCCAUAUCCAACACCUUUAAGUUAAAUGUUUGCUUAACUACCAUGCUAAAUUAAUAUACCCUUUCCAAUUAAGUUAGGAUAAGACAUAAAUAUUGAUAGAUAAAUUGAAGAUAUGAGUAAUGAUAUUAUAUUAAUCUAGUUUUGGAUGGAUAAAUUGAAGAAGGUCCUCGAUUUGAUUGAAAAUAUAAUCUAUUGAUAAACAUUAUAUAAUUUUUAAGGUUCAGG